CAUCAAUGGCCGCCUGGCAGGAAGUAGUCUCCACAAGCCGACAACAUGGAGGUUGCGAGCGGUGGAAACAAGCAGCCGCUUCUCGGCUUUGGGCAGGCGGUGAUUGGGCCCCCCGGCUCCGGAAAGACCACCUAUGUUCGCGCUAUGCAUGCUCUCCUCACCAGCAUGGGCCGCCGGGCCGCUAUCAUUAAUCUGGACCCUGCCGGGGAAGACGAGCCCGGGGCAGCGGUCACCCUGCAGGACCUGCUGGCUCUGACAGAGGUGAUGUCCGAGCUGCACUUGGGUCCUAAUGGCGCCCUGCUCUACUGUAUGGAGUACUUACAAGGGAACCUGGACUGGCUGCGGGACCGGCUGCUGAGUCUCCGCGGGACCUACCUGCUGAUUGACUGCCCAGGACAGGUGGAGCUCUACACCCACCACCCCGCUCUGCCCCACAUCCUGCGGCAGCUGCAGAGCUGGGGGCUGAGGCUAUGUGCCGUGCACCUUGUGGAUUCCCAUUAUUGCACAGACCCUGCCAAGUUCAUCUCUGUCCUGUGUACAUCACUGAGCACCAUGCUUCACAUAGAGCUGCCUCACAUCAACCUCCUCUCCAAGGUGGACCUAAUAGAGCAGUAUGGGAGACUGGCUUUUAACAUUGACUACUACACUGAGGUUAUGGACCUUUCUUAUUUGGUGGAACAUUUGACUUCUGAUCCGUUUUUUCGGCGCCACCGAAGUCUUCAUGAGAAACUGGCAGAAGUUAUUCAGGAUUAUGGGCUGGUGUCAUUCAUGCCACUUAGUGUCAAGGAUGGAGAAAGUCUGAAGAGAGUCUUGGCAGCCGUGGACAAAGCCAGUGGCUUCUGCUUUGGGGAGGACACUAGAUCACUUGGAAAUCUUAUGUCUGUUGCAGUGGGAGCAGAUUUCCAUUUCACCUCAACACUGGCAUUUCAGGAGAAGUAUGUGGAAGAAGAAAAAAGAACAGUGGAAGAAGAAGCUUCAGCCUUGUGAUUACCAAAGACUGGUAUCUCACCAAAGUUUAUAUAUUCUAUAUUCGUCCCUAGAAAUAUAAUGGCAAUGGAACGAAAGUGUGAGAGCUUGCUAUGCUGUCUUCGCGACGCUAUGAGAGCUGUACAUUUAGCAUCUGCCCUGACUGGACACAGUUCUCACACAGCCGCAGUACUGUAGUGUUACUAAAACUGUAGUUAAAUAUUGCAGCACAAGCCGAGGUGAUGUCCUUCACGUGUGAAUACUGCCUUCUCAGCAGCUUGUAGAUUUCAGUAUCCCAGCAAGCCAUGUGUAAGAUAAGGGUUUUGGAUGGCUGUGUCUGCAAUAAGGGUACAACCAAAUGGUGCGGUUGUGUCGCAGUUGCAAUGCGGCCGUUCUGUGGUUGUAUGGGCCACAGCUGCCUCUAAUUCAAAUGAGACCUCUCUGUUCAAUGGGUCUGUAUUGUUAAUGGCCGUGCGAUAUAGAAGGAGCCAUUAACAAUACUGACCCACUGAACAAUGCUGUCUCAUUAACAUAGUAACAUAGUACAUAAGGCCGAUAAAGACAUCUGUCCAUCCAGUUCAGCCUGUUAUCCUGCAAGUUGAUCCAGAGGAAGGC